GGCUUGUUGUGUCCGCCGCGACAGGUAACUAUUUCCAGGGUACAGUACAGCAGCCCAGGCGCGGAUGAUGGCCCAGACUGUCGCAGCCCUUCUUCUUCUUCCGACGACGACGACGAUGGCGAUGACGACUCGGACGAGGCACUGCCAUGCCCUGUUGCCAUUGAUGAGACGUGUAAAAGUCUUGAGUGAGGCGGGGUACUCGAGGGUCGUAUCGUCUGGUGUCGUGUCGUGUCAAGUCGUUGUCGGUCACGGCAUUCCGGCAGGGCUCUCUUCGGCUGUUUCACCUUGGUCCCAGGCGUAGGAAGAUCUGCAGACAGGACCGUGAUGACUUGUUGGCCUAUGCCCGCGCGGCCAGUGGUAGCCUGUCUUACCUGAUCCGAUGCCUGUCACGAUCCCCUUUAAACAGAUCUCUUGACCUGAUCAC